UCGGUUGACGCACGGGUUUUUUGUUACGAUGUUGUUUAGUGAGAGUAGGAGAAUGAAAGAGGCAGUCAAUCCAAGGUGAAAUAAAGUUGGUGUUCAAGUAAUGGUUGUUUCUGGAAUUUUGCGUUGAAAAGCGAUCUUAACAUAUUGGCUUCAUCAUUUGUGAUCGUGUGUGAUACCGGACGGUGAGCGAAAACAGCCCAUUGAAUUCUCACUUAUGGCGAAGUCGAUGGUCCACUGUUGUUGAUCCAAUCAGACGCGUCCAUUUUGUGAAAGCAAAAUCUGCGCCGUACCUGACCGAUAAUCAGAAGAUACGUUUUUUCACGCAAAAUUCAUCAUCUUGGUCUGUGAUAUUAUCGAAAGUCGUGAAAGCAAUUUUUUAUUUUGUUGAUAAAUCAUCGAAACGUUGGAAUUACGAAUAAAAAACAAAACAGACUCAAAAUAUCGUAAACGCAAAGUGUGUCACUGUAACGUGAACCAGAGGCAAAUUUCGCAAUGGCACAGGCAAAGAAGACCAUCGAAAACAGCAAAGUUGCCGUACGAGGCAACGUUCGACCAGCCAGGUACGCCAAUUCAGCGAAGAAGGGUGGAUCCGCAUCGCCCAGCGGCGGUGAACCGACGACACCGAUCAGGCAGAGCCCGGUCGGUGGGGCGGCCAGCCCACAGGGAAGCUCGGGCCCAAGUCGCACGUCGCCGGGCCUCCUGGCCGGCCACUACGCCGGCUGCAAGUUCUCGGAGCCGCCACUCCCGUCGGCCCUGCCCCUGCCACCGCGCCACUGGACCCAAACGCCGCACAACGGCGGCGGCUGCGGCGGCUGCGGCGUCGUUCUACCGCUGUCCGUCGCCAAGUCCGAACAGCUGGACAUUGCCCAACAGUUGAAGGUGCUCCUAAAAGUGCAGGCUUGACCUGUCGGCCAACAAUCACCAAAUUGUAGAUACAACAAGAGACAUUUAUCUUUAUAUAUACUUUUACGAUGAGUGAAUAUAUUGCAAACAACAACAUGUAUUAAUCUUAAGAUGUUUUGGUCGCGAGUGAACACGACAAUACUGAAUCCCGAAGCCUUUUUACGCAACAAAUGAUACGAUACGAUAAGAAGGAAUGGCAUUGUUAUAUUUCUAGGAGAUUGUCCUGUUCAGCCGCACUGUGAUAUGCAAUCAUUUCUUUAACAAAACGACAAUGAUUGCUUUAGAUUGUAGAUAGUUUUAACAUUUACUUAAGUCUAUUUCUAAAUGUGAUUUUGUUCAACUGUUGAAAAUUGUAAAGAGUAUAAUUUGAGUUUGUAAUUGUGAGCAAUGCUCAAAUAAGUGUGAUAAAUGUUUAGUUUAUAAUAUCUGCAAUAGCAAAGCAGCAUUCAAUCAUGACGACGAGAUUGUCAACAACUGCUGUGAUGUCCAAAUUCGCCAACCGUUGGCCUGUACUGAUUUUUCUUUGGGCAUCGCCGACACUUGUUUACAGUUAAACUUGAGCUUUAAUUAAUUGUUAGAUUUAUAUCAAACAUAUUUGUCAAUUUUUAUCCAAAAGAAGCAGUAAUUAUAUUAUUAUAGUACAAAAACCACAAAAACGAAUGCUAUUUUGUUAUACACUCAGAGAAACAUAAUCUAAAUGGAUUCGUCAAUUAUGACGUGUAUUUUUGUUAAACGCAGUACAAAUGUAUAAUCACUAUUAAAUAAGAGGUAGACAUAAGAGUACCGAAUGUAUUCUUUCGUAAGUGCAUAGCUCCCGUGCAGAAUUGUGUGUAGUCUUUCAAAUAGCAUUUAAAGAGAAUCCAAACUAAUUACGUAUGUGUCAUAUUUAUUCUCUGAGCUACGCAUUUACGAAAUUUUUUGACAUCAUUGAAGGUAAUUUUUUGAGGAAUGGUCUUCCAAUAUGCCUCAGUUACAAUUGCAGUGAUGUGCAAUAUUACAAAUUUACGUUUUAUCAAAAUUUUGCUUAUUUUCAAAAUUUAGAGAUUCUAAUUUCUGUUAAAAAUAAUUAAUAAUUUUCAGUUCAUUUAUUUCUUUUCGUUAAAAACGCACAAAAUUUUCAAACUUACAGUUAUUUUCGUUCAAUAUUGGGGUUUUAGGAUCUCUAUUUUUUUAGUUUAGAACAUUUUAGUUUUAGAAUCUCGGAUCUCAUUGUUCACUUUAAAAACGUUGAGUCAUUUAACCAGCAAUAUGUAAAAAAUCAUUUAUAUAUAUAUAUACUAUAUAUUCAUCUCCAUCCUAAAAUCUGUGAUACCUAGAACCAUCAUCCUUUAACAACUCCUUUUUUCCCAAAUGCUAUACCUAUCCCAUCCAAAAUCCUUAUUCCUUCCCCUCUAUCCCAAAA